AAAAAUAAGUUUGUGCACGAGUGGAGGACUGGUUACGAAUUUGUGGUGGCGGGGAGUUCGACAACAAAAUGGCGACCGGCGAUAUGUAGAAAUUGACAUCUUAAAAAUCCUUUGAAAAACGGCUGCACUGAACAGCACAUGCAUAAAGUAAUACAGAGAUGUGAUUUUCAUCUAUCCACUGGGCAAAUUACAACUGCACUCGAACAUUUUAGAUCAUUGCAUCGUCGUAAGAAUUCGAGGUCUGUGAGUGUAAUUUGUCAAGUCAAAAUUUGUUCCAAAACCCUACUUUAGAAUGACAAAUAUUUAAGAAAGAGCCAAUUAAAGAUGGAUGAAUCAAUUUCUGGGGAAUCAAAGUCGUUUGUGAGGAGAACAUGGAGCUGGAGGCAUCGUGAGACAGCGGUUUCAGACCCAAGUGAUGUUGAUCUUGCGUACAUGGAACUACAGUCUUUAGACAAUUGCGAGAAAACUCCUGAGGAAGCAUUGGUAGGUCUGACAUCACAGCAAGCGCAUAAAAAGCUCUUUGCUACUAUACGCAAAGUAUUGGAUCAAUACAAUGAAUCAAAUAAUGUUAAGUGGACCAGCGAUGUCUGGAAGACGUUGCACUGUAACCACCAUGCUAGCAUCAGCUGGAUCAGUAUUGGCAUUCUUGCCUUUGAAGUUCUUAUCAUGGUCAGCAGCUAUGCUCUUUCUGAUAAGCAAAGGUACAGUUUACCACUUUUGGAGGCUUUUCUAGUUCUUAUCAUUACACUGGCAAACCUGGUGAUUUGUGUUCGUGAAGAAAAUCUGAGACGCACAGAGGUGUACCGUAGGGCAGAAGAGCUGCUUGAAUCUUGCAAAGUAUCAUACUGUAAUUGGAACCCGCUGGAUUAUGUUGAUCCAUGUACGCCGCCCUCCCCGUCCAUAUCCAUGGUCCACACGUACCGCGACAAUGAGCUGAUCAGUAUGCCUUGUAACUUACUGGUGGAAGGGGACAUCAUUUCUCUGGGUCCAAGCCACACCUCCCCUGCUAAAGUUCAACUUAUUCAGUCUAUCCAUGCAGAUGGAUCUUACAGUCUUUCUCAACAAGUCUUAGAAAAAGGAGACAUGUAUCUUCCGCCAUCGUCAUCACCACCCUGCGAAGACCUUCACAGUGACCGAACCAUGCCAUGUCAGCCCCAGCCCAGGAAGAGAUUUCUUGUUAAAGAAAGCCCCUAUCAAGAUACACUCAGGAACGUUCUACAAAAUGCUUGCAACAGACCCGUUAGUUUACUGGAAAAUGAGAUGCACUUCAUCGUCAGUACAGUUAUUGUGAACAAGCUGGUUUGGGUAGUUUUGGGUUUAUCAUUGUUGGUGAACAUUGCUCGGUUUCUGUUGUUGGGUGGUGAAGUUGGUCACUGGAGUGAAAUGAUACUGCUUCUCCAGGGCUACUCUGUCCUUCCCCUUCUUCCGCUCUCAUUCCCCCUCUUGUGGACUGGCCUUAACUUAUACGGCGCAGCGCGAAUACAAGUGCUUUUCGAGAGACUGAAGAAUGGUAGUCCGCUCGGUUACAAGGCUUCCAGGCAAGUGGCUGCUAGUGACGUCAUGCCUUACUUUUGGAAUAAUGUGCGUGGAGGCAGCUCGUCUCUCCCCAGGACCACCAACCUGCUCCAAGUGCUCGGCAGCAUCACGGUGUGGUGCUGCGUCGACAAGGUUGGUAUCCUCUCCCUCCCCAACCCCUCCGUAGAAAAAGUCUUCUUCCUACAAAGCAAGAAGGCGCGCAGUAAGAGUGAGAAGCAGAAGGCACGAGGGCGCAAGACCAGCUCUUCCACGUGGGAGAGCGAUAUUAGCCGCCAAGUGAGCCGAGAGGAGACGACCGACCUGUCAUCUUCAUCAUCCGAUGAUGAUGAUGACGAUGAUGAUGAUGCGGUUGCUGCACCGGAUGGGGUCAAAAUAAAAGAGAAUUUUAAAGGCCGAGCAGCAGUUCUCAAUGUCAGCAACGACCCAGAGAGUCAGUUUGGGUUACGCUUUGAUGACAAAAGAUGGCAAGACAAUUUGAGCUCUCUUAAACCACUGGGACUCAAUAUCUUGCUGAACUCACCGUGCUCGUCCCCAGUCCGCAACUUGCGAUUGGCUGACUGCACUGGGCACCUGUCACUCAAAUACAACCUCGCCCCAGUCCCCAGCCACAGGCGGUGUUUGUGUCUUCUUGCCAAAGAGAUCGGAUUUAUGGAUCGGGUGCUAAGCUUUUUCUCCAAAGAGCAGUACGUCUUUGCUGUUCAAUCGUCAGCUGUUCCAGCGGCAAACUUCUCGCUCCAGACCUCGUCGUACUUGGCCGUGUGCAAAGAAAGGCCUGUGCCGAGUAUGACGUCUGUUCUUGUCAAGGAGUCCUAUACGGGAGCACACCAACUGCUGACCCAAGGGACUGCAGACGUUGUAAUCGACACCUGCUCAGAUUUCUGGGAUGGCACCAAUUUGUGCCCUAUCACAGCGCAUGAUCGUCGGAAAGUGUUGGAUUUCUACCAGCGUAACAGUAUGUCCUCUUAUUGCAUCGCCUUUUCGUAUCGUCCAGUCAGCGAGGUCCCACAUUGCACGUCUGACGCGUUUUUCCGGAUUCCCCCCAUUUUCCAGUGGAUAUCGUGCAGUGAGAGCGAAGGAGAAAGCGUGUCUGAAAUGUCAUUGGAUGGUGAAGAGGAUGUCUAUGAAGAAGAUACUGGGAUUUCAUUUAGUGCAAAGGACCUGAGCUUUGAGGACAACACAAAGGUGGACGCUCUACUCGAUCAACUACAUCUUGUGACGGACACGGACAGCUACCACAGAAUCCUUGGAGGCCAGGUGUUCAUAGGAAUGGUAACUCUGCAGUAUCAAGCAAAAAAGGACAUCAUUCCCCUUGUGGAAGAUCUCAACAAGGCUGGGAUCCGCUUUGUACAUUUCUCCGCUGAGGAUGAGCUUAAGAGUAGGGUUUUUGCCGAGCGGAUGGGACUGGAGACAGGCUGGAACUGUCACAUUUCCCUUGAUGAUAGCUCGCCCCAGGACCAUGGCAAUACACAGGCAGACACAACUGAGGCGACAGCCGUAGAGCAUGGGACUGAGGGUGAAGAGAAACAUGUUAGUUGGAUUGACUACAAAAUGCGACAUCAUGAAAAAGUAGAAGAUUCACAAGAAGCUCAUUUGGACGUAGAGACUGGUGACGAGGGUGAGCGUGCGACCCUACUUAGCAGUCAUAACUCAGUACCCCACGACUACUCCUUCUUCUACAACCGGGCUAAACUUCCCCGAGGAGUCCACAACAUCCGUCCACAUCUCCAAAACGUCGACAAUGUGCCCUUGCUGGUGCCUCUAUUCACGGACAGCACACCUAAAGCGGUGCAAGAGAUGGUCGCCAUAAUGCAAGAACACGGUGAAGUGGUGUGCUGCGCUGGAAGCUCAUUUAACGUCGACAACACUGGCGUCUUCUUACAGGCGGACAUCAGUUUGACGAUUGAGCCGAUGUUUCCGCAACUUUGCCUCAAGGGUUUACCCAAAGAUUUCCGCUCAGGGACCCCACAGUUGGCCUGUAACAAGAUAAUGGACAACAAGGCAGCGAGCGACGACGAGUCUUCUUCAGACCUAGAUAAUGAUCUCUCCCCCUUGGCGCUGAGCGCUCUGUUGAACUCUCUGCCGUGUGCGCUUGCAUUUCAUCGGGACAUGAACUUUAAAUUCAAGACCCUUCUGAAAGAGGCUCGCCGACUGUGCUUUGGUUUUCGCACGUGCUUCGCGUUCAUUCUCGCAUGUUAUCUUCUUCUCGUCUGUAUCAACUUCCUGGCUCAAUGUUUGCUUCUACCCCCUCCCCUCACGGGUUUGCAUUUGCUUUGGCUAACCUGCCUCAUAGUACCCCUCCUGGGGCUGUCGUUGAUUGGAGCCCGAGCUGAGAAAGGACUUAUGUCAAUGAUGACUGGACGCAAUGACAAGACAUUCGAGGGUAUAGCGAACCCGUUUUGCCUGCACUUUUCACUUGGAUUUCUCCCGACCUGUGUAUUUGUGUGCGUCGUACUCUUUCCUCUGACUCUCCGUGGAUUCUGCACACGUCACUUCUAUUCCUGUCACUAUCUGCUAGGCUAUAGGAACACGACCGAACCCUGGAAUGGUCUGGGCAGGUCCAACAGGCAGGCGCUCUCCCUCGCGCAAGACAUCAACGCUUUCUUCCUUGUUCUGUUUUUUGCUAUUACAUCUGCUAGCUUUGUACAUCGUCUGCGAUUGCUAUGGAAAGGAUCCCCUCUCAAGAGCAGGCCAUGGCUCUUCUCCGUUCUCAUAGUUAUCUGCCUACAGCUCGUGUUCUUUCUGGCUUCACAGAUGUUCUGGACUCGUUCAUACGGAUCUAAUUAUACCCUGAGAGAUGUACCCUCUUACGUAAUAGCCCUAGUGUUGACAUGGCCACUAGCCUCGCUAGCAAUAACCGAGCUACUCAAAAGACGAUAUAUCAAACUUUGGAUUCGGUAUCAGAGAAGAGCCAAGCUAAUGUUUGGAACAAAGCUUGGAAUGAACUCUCCAUUUUGAAACCUCAUAAGUUCUUAACCCAUAUCAGCCUGAAGUUGGUUUAAACGCCCCAAGCAAAGAAUCUUAUAGGCUACUUCUAGGACCUGAGGGUAAUCUUGAGAAUAAAAACAAGUGUUUUUAUCUGAAGCCCAUUUGUUCCUGCACUGGCCUUAGCCGCCCAGUGUUCUUGAACAUUCUAGAGCAUAGCGAUGGCAGCAAGUUUCCCAUAACAGAAACACUGCUGUAACCCAUUUGUUCCUGCUCUGGCCUUAGCCGCCCAGACAAAGAAGCUUUUAGAACACUUCUAGGACAUGAUGGUAACAACAAGCAGAAAUUUUAUACAUGAUUUUCUUUAUAGUUAGUAAAGAAUAUUCCUUUCAUUAGAUUUUAUUAUUUUGUACAGAAUGAUGUAAAUAUUAAUCACUAAAACUAUUUAAAAUGUUUGUCCAAGUAUUGGUGUUGUAGAAGGAAUGUUUGGUAUAAUAAAAAUAAAUUUUGAAUUGA